GCUGCUGCCUGUCAGUGAGGCACUGAUCAGACGUGUGUGUGUCAGAGUGCUGCUGUCUCUCGGCCAUGGCCUGUCUGAUGGCUGCCUGGUCCGUCCACAACCCCACUGUCACCAACUCCAUCAUCAUGAACACCAACGGGCCCCCAGACCUUAUGUUGGAUCCACGGACAGUUUGUGUUUGUAUGGAUGAGGUGGUCAACAAGCGGCCGGCGGGCAGCCAGCAGACGCCAAUGCUGCAGGGACACCUGAAGAAGGUGGACAACAACCUGACGGAGGCCCAGAGGUUCUCCUCGUUACCUCGCAGACCCGCGGUCAACAUUGAGUUCAAAGACGUCUCCUUCGUGGUCAGAGAGGGACCCUGGUGGAGGAAGAAAGGUUACAAAACUCUGCUCAAAGCCAUCUCUGGGAAAUUCACCAGUGGGGACCUGGUGGCGAUCAUGGGGCCCUCGGGAGCCGGAAAGUCCACGCUCAUGAAUAUCCUGGCCGGGUACAGGGAGACGGGGAUGAAGGGCGAGAUCCUGAUCAACGGGCAGCCCAGAGACCUGCGCUCUUUCCGGAAGGUUUCCUGUUACAUCAUGCAGGACGACAUGCUGCUGCCUCACCUCAGUGUCCAGGAGGCCAUGAUGGUGUCGGCCAGCCUGAAGCUGCAGGAGAAGGAGGAGGCGCGCAGAGACAUGGUCCGGGACAUCCUGAUGGCUCUGGGUCUGCUGGAAUGUGCUCAAACCAGGACGUCUCACCUGUCGGGGGGGCAGAGGAAACGGCUGGCCAUCGCUCUGGAGCUUGUCAACAAUCCGCCGGUCAUGUUCUUUGAUGAACCCACGAGUGGCCUGGACAGCUCGUCAUGUUUCCAAGUGGUGUCUCUGCUCAAAGCUCUGGCUCGAGGAGGACGGACGGUUAUCUGCACCAUCCACCAGCCGAGCGCAAAACUGUUCGAGCUCUUCGACAAGCUGUACGUGCUGAGUCAGGGUCAGUGUAUCUACAGGGGACAGGUGUCCAGUCUGGUCCCGUACCUGAGAGACCUCGGGCUGAACUGCCCCACGUACCACAACCCCGCUGACUUCGUGAUGGAGGUGGCGUCCGGAGAGUACGGGGACCAGAUGAUCAGGCUGGUGACGGCAGUUCAGGAGAGGAAGUGUGAGAAAGACCACCAGCCCGAGCUCAACGGAGACAGCACCCUCCACCCCUUCCUGUGGCAGCGCACCGAGGAGGAGAGCUCAUCGUCUGAAGGCUGUCACAGCUUCUCUGCUAGCUGCAUGACGCAGUUCUCCAUCCUGUUCAGGAGGACCUUUCUCAGCAUCCUCAGAGACUCGGUGCUGACUCACCUGAGGAUCUCGUCUCACAUUGGGAUCGGCGUUCUUAUUGGUCUGUUGUAUCUGGGUAUCGGGAACGAAGCCAAGAAGGUUCUGAGUAACUCGGGGUUCCUCUUCUUCUCCAUGCUGUUCCUCAUGUUCGCCGCUCUGAUGCCCACGGUGCUCACCUUUCCUCUGGAGAUGGGCGUCUUUCUGAGAGAACACCUCAACUACUGGUACAGCCUGAAAGCGUACUACCUGGCCAAAACCAUGGCUGAUGUCCCCUUCCAGGUAGUGUUCCCGGUGGUGUACUGCAGUAUCGUGUACUGGAUGACGGCUCAGCCUUCGGACGCCGGCCGGUUCUUCCUCUUCCUGUCUCUGGGGAUUCUGACAUCUCUGGUGGCUCAGAGUCUGGGUCUGCUUAUCGGAGCCGCCUCCACCUCUCUGCAGGUGGCCACGUUUGUGGGUCCGGUCACGGCGAUCCCGGUUCUGCUGUUCUCCGGGUUCUUCGUCAGCUUCGACACCAUCCCCUGGUACCUGCAGUGGAUGUCCUACAUCUCUUACGUCAGGUACGGGUUCGAGGGCGUCAUCCUGUCCAUCUACGGCCUGGGUCGUGAUGAUCUUCACUGCGAUGAAGGUGAGGCGUGUCACUUCCAGAAGUCUGAGGCAAUCCUCAAGGAGCUGGACAUGCUGGACGCCAAACUCUACCUGGACUUCAUUGUCCUCACCAUCUUCUUUUUCUCUCUGAGACUCAUUGCUUAUUUUGUCCUCCGGUACAAAAUCAGCUCUGAGAGGUAGAGCAGUGCCAGGAGGAAGAGGAGGAGUCGCAGAGCAAGAGCCCAGAGGCCGAAGAGCAGCUGUCCAGUUUGUCUCCACUUUGACUCGCUCUUAAACAACACAUGAAGAAGAGAUGGCGUGUGAGGACGCCGCAAGCCUACAGGGGUAGAUCUCAUGGUCUCAUGGAGGUCCUGUGGGACCAGGAGCUGGUCUUCUGGAUCCUGGAGGUUUCACCAUGCCACAUCCUGACUAAUUUCUACUUUUUAGAAUAAAAGCCUCUGCAGUUGCAGGAUGAUGACAUCUCUGCCUCUUUAGUUUAUUGCUGAGGUCAAAGGUGAGAGCAGCACAGAGGCCCUGAUUCCCUGACUAAACGCUUGAGUUCUGUCCUUCAUGUUUAAGCAUCCUGCGAGCCUCUGCAGAUCCACCGAAUUCAGUGAUGCAGGAACGUUUCAGAUUUUGCAAAUCCUGGAAAACUGUCCAAAGACAUGCAGCUUGUGGGGAUAGGUUAAUUGGAUAAUUCAAAUUGCCACUAGGUGUGAAUGAGCGAGUGAAUGUGAGUGCGAAUGGUUGUCUGUCCCUGUGUGUUGGCCCUGCGACAGACUGGCGACCUGUCCAGGGUGUACCCCGCCUCUCGCCCUAUGACAGCUGGGAUAGGCUCCAGCGCCCCCCGCGACCCUGAAGAGGAUAAGCGGAAGCGAAUGGAUGGAUGGAUGGAAAACUGUUGGAUGAAGUUUUCAGCAGUGCAUUUAAAAGUUUUUUAAUCUUCUUAACAUCCACCCAACGUACAUUCACACGCAAAGACACAUGAUUUCAAACAAAACAUCUUCUAGAUCCAGGAAGCUUUUCUAAAACAAAACUCAAUGUGCUGCUGGUGAAAGCUAACGGGAUAAAAAUUCUGAAAAAUCUAACUUUUGAGCAGAAAGUGUUUGGGAUUAAAUCCACAUGAUUCAGAUAUAAAAGUUUUACAAUAAAUAUGAAUAAAAAUAAUUGUCUGGAACCUGUUUAAGCACAAAUGUUGCAUCUGUUUACUUUUACAAAAUUCACAUUAAAGACAUUUUAGUAAACUUUCCUGUGAAAAAACAGAAAAACUGACAUUUCAAUAAAACAAUAAAACGAUAAUUACCCACACCGUCUUCUGAAAGGGAGGAUGAACAAAACAAUGAAAAUAUCAAAAGUAUUUGUCAUGUUGAGAUGCUGUUUAUUCCUGAUCAUUUUACUGGCUGUGACAGAACUAAUUAAACUGAAUUAUGGGAACGUUA